UUUAAAUAUACCAACCAACUUUUUCUAGUGAUGCAUGUUUAAAAUGUUGUUGGGAUAAACAUUGGCCGGUUUUGCUUUUUUCUAUAUACAUCAAAACUUGUGAUGUCGGUUACUUAACAUUGGGUGGCGUACGUACCCUUCGUCUCUACAUAUUACAUUGGGUACUGGUAUACUUUCAACUUGGAAAUCUACUGCGCCUACGUUUAUCAACUUCUUUUAUUGCAAACUGGAGCAAAAUUCCAUCAAGGGGUAACGCAUGAUAGCUCAAUUAAAUACACGUUGAACCUGCUACUUUCAAUUUCUUUUGACACUGCUUUCGGAAACUAUGACGCGGACAUCCAGAAAUGUUGUAUUUGCAUGUGGCCAGAUAAUGAGGGCUAUAUUGUAACCAAGAUUCCGCAUCCGUAGCGUGGUCAGUAUAGGCCUAGACCCAAUUUACAUUGUACUUUCUCGGUGCUCAUUUAAAGUGUUGGAGAUGUUCAAGGAAAUUCAUAACUUUUUCGGUUUGUGUGUGCUGAGCAACUUUGUAUUUUCUUGUUCGGGAGAAAACACCAGCUUCGAGAAGUCAUCCAGGUAUUUCCCGGGAAUGAUGCAUGGUCUCCGUGAGACGCUGGGCGAUUUGUCCGAGGAGAUACACGGUUACCUGGUCCACCUCAUAGGUGCGCGUUCAGUUGAAACGACACAAAAGUGUUUCUUCCUGGGUGUCGGAUACUUGGCUGAGGCAGUGGCCAGUGGAGCAAAUGUGAUUAUGUUAUAUGUCACACAGUUCCUGAAAGCAGCGGGAGUGGAUGUUGCAAUGCCUUUUAACAGUGUCACACCAGAGGCUGUGGUCUACGUCGGUCAGUGGCUUCUAUUGGCUCUCAUUGGAUACUGGCUUCUCUCCCUGGCAUUCCGAUUGGUGGCGUCCACUCUGAGGCGGGUCCUGUGGCUACUGAAGCUGGGUGUGGUUCUAGGUCUAUUUGGCUGGAUUCUAAGUGAUCACCAAGCCGAAACAGAGACUACUGCGCUGCGAUUGGCCGGCCUUGUGGUUGUCUGCGUCCUCUUGGGUAUCGGGCCAUCCAGGGGCAACAGCACUGAGGACAUGGAGGAUCACGUGAAGGUGCUGGAAAAACGAGUUAAAGACAUGGAGAGGAUGAUGGGAAAGGUUCGGGACAGACGACCUUAGUUUAAUCUAGGAGUUUCAAUCUCAACAUUUUUGUACAUAGUAAAGCAAAUUGUAUACUGGUACCACUUAACACUAUAAAGCAUUUCCAUUUUUUUCCACCAAGAUCUCUUAUUUUGUAUGUGACAAACAUAACUGACUGGAGAUAGGAUUCUCAAUAAAGGUAAAUACCAGUGAAUAAGUAUA